CUUGCCCUUCCUGGGGCCUGAGCCACAGUGGAAGAGGGUGACCCGGGAAGUGCAGUUGAGUUGAUUUACACCGCAAGUUGGAAAUCAGGGUCUGUGAGUGAGAGAGCUUCCCUCCGCUUGUGAAAGGGGUCUAAAAGCUUUGCCGGGUCCAGACAGGCCCCUCCCCUGGGCUGCAAGGAUCCGCCCCUCUAUUCCCCAGAUAAAUUCCUGGUGUCCUCCAAAUUCCUCAGCGCUCUCUCACACUCCUCUGGGCCACAACUCCGGGGGUGGGGAAACAGCGCCCGCUUCCUUCCAGCAGAAACCCUCCAGUCUCCUUCUGACCACUCCGCGAAGGGGAAAGGGCUGAGGCCCAACCAGACCCCAACUCGAACACCCAACACGAGGUGCCUGCUCCACACUUGGGGGGGCCAUUGGUUUCGGGGGUCUAUCUCCCUCUCUCUCUCUCAUCCACUUCCCCAAACAUGUCCACCGGCUCCCUCAGCGAUGUGGAGGACCUUCAAGAAGUGGAGAUGCUGGAAUGCGAUGGGCUGAAAAUGGACUCGAACAAGGAGUUUGUGACUUCCAACGAGAGCACCGAAGAGGGCUCCACCUGCGAGAACGGCUCUCCCCAGAAGGGCCGCGGCGGCCUGGGCAAGAGGAGGAAAGCGCCCACGAAGAAGAGCCCGCUGAGCGGGGUCAGCCAGGAGGGGAAGCAGGUCCAACGCAAUGCGGCCAACGCGCGCGAGCGGGCCCGCAUGCGGGUGCUCAGCAAGGCCUUCUCCAGGCUCAAGACCACCCUGCCCUGGGUGCCCCCGGACACCAAGCUCUCCAAGCUGGACACGCUCAGGCUGGCGUCCAGCUACAUCGCCCACUUGAGGCAGAUCCUGGCUAACGACAAGUACGAGAACGGUUACAUUCAUCCAGUCAACCUGACGUGGCCCUUUAUGGUGGCCGGGAAACCCGAGAGUGACCUGAAAGAAGUGGUGACCGCUAGCCGCUUAUGUGGAACCACAGCGUCCUGACCUUGGAGUUUGGUACCUGGAGUUAAGAUCUUCCUCGCCCCCCUCCGGCACUUACCUCCACCAAUCAACCCCAAAGGCCGCCUGGCCAGUGGAGCCCUCAGCUUGACUUCCAGGGAAGGAUGCUGCGGUGCUUAUCGCGACUGGAAAGCCACUCUGCCUGUGAUAGUUACCACGACACCAAGUGCAGUUCUCCAUCUCCAAGGGCUGGAACUUGAGUGACUCUUCAUCCACUUGCGGCCCAUUUGCACCUCGGAGGACUUUUCAAAGUGUCAGGCUAAACCACCCAUCCCCUAAUCCCAAUUUGACUUUCAAGAGAGCAUUGCAAACUCUGGCUGACGCCGCCUUCCCCAAAUGCACGUGUUCGGUCACGUCUGCCAGAGGGACAGAGCCCUAGCCUCCUGGACCUAUUUAGAGAUCAAGUGGAGAUGAGAACCAGCGCGAUUCACUAGUUUGCCUUUCACGUUCAGGGAAUUUUCAAAGCUCCCACUCUCAUUUUACAAACCAAAUGCUCAAAAUUCUGAGCACUUCACGCAGGUGGCCCCAUAAAGUAAAUUCUGCUUGUUUGUUCUCUGACAACCUCAAGCUGCAUACCGAUUUUUUAAAAAGUUCUCACCCUCUGAUCUAUAAUGUGAAGCCUUUGAGUUAGGCAGGAGGCAUGUGGCUAUGAAUAGGGAACACGUCGAAUCCAGCCCUGGAUUCUAGAAAGAGCUCUCAUCUUCAGUUUUCUGGUCUUUGCAAAU